UAAUCCACUUUAAUAUAAUUUAGUGUAAAACUUGCUAUCUAACGAUUUUUACAAUGAAUUCCUCAAACCGAACAACGAAAGAAGACUUGGACAAGUGGUUGGAAAUUUUCUUGCAAAAAGAAGGUCUUCAUAACUACAGCUUUGAGAUAUCUGGAAACUCAGCAAAGGGUGACAACUACUUGAGCGAUAUAACAUUUGUUGAAAUUUCUGGUCAGACUCAAACCAAUGAGAACAAAAAGUAUCAUCUUGUAAUAAAAUGUGGCAAGAAAAGUGACGAAUUAAGAAAAAUAAUCCCAAUACAAGCAGCAUUUGAAAACGAGAUAUACUUCUACACAAAAGUGUAUCCUGUCUUUCUGGAAUUUCAGAAAGAGAAGAAUAUUGAAGAACCGUUCAACAAUGUGGCCAAGUGUUACGAUGCGUUCAUCAAAGAUGGCAUGGAAGUAAUAAUUUUGGAAAAUAUGAAAAGUAACGGAUUUUUCUUGCAUAACAGAAACAACAGUAUGAAUAAGGACCAUGUUUUGAAAGUCAUUAAGUUGUAUGGGAAAUUGCACGCAAUUUCGUUUGCUUUAAAAGACCAAAAGCCUGAAAUUUUUCAAGCUCUGGCUGAAAAAUUCACAGAUGUUAUGAAAAUUGCAUCUGAAACUAUGAAACUUGACGACGAAACAAAUUUCUUUCAAGAAAUCAUAGAUGCGGCAAAGGAAAAAAAUGAGCACGAAAUUGUAGAAAAAGCACAUAUUUUAAAUAAAAAAUCCCGAACUCACAACGACAUUACCGACCCGAGUGACCCUUACGCAAUUAUUCUUCACGGAGACUGCUGGAAUAACAAUUUCAUGUUCAAAUAUAAAGAUGAUGAGAAAAUGCAGUUAUCCGAAGUGUGUUUUUUGGACUUUCAAUUAAGUCGAUUAGCUUCUCCCGUCUAUGACUUAUCCUACUUUUUAUUCUGUUGCCUGUCUGAAAAAGAAGCCGAGAACUUUGAUGAAAUUAUAGACGUCUAUUAUGAGAGCUUUUGCAGUUUUGUUAAAAAGCUGGGUAGCGAUCCGGACAAAGUGUUUCCCUAUGAGGAAUUAUUAAAUCAGUGGAAGAAAUUCUCCUUGUUUGGGUUAGUCAUGAUGCCGAACAUUCUUAGAGCCUGUGUUCAAGACAAGGACGAAGUGAAAGAUUUGGCCGAACUGGUGGAGACGGGGCAAGGUUUUACUGAAGCAUACAAAGAGUCGUUUAAAAACACGAAAAAGUUUGGGGAAAGAACACUGCCGAUAAUGAGGCUUGCAAUUAGAAAAGGAUUUAUCUAAAUAAACUAAUCAAUAAUAAAA